AUGGAGAGGCCUCACAAAUUGUUGUUUACACACAAAGAGCAUUUUAUUGGCCAAAUUGAAGAUGCUCUUGGAAAGAAAGUUCUCUUAAGGCGAUCAACCGAUGGAUUGAUCACUGUAAAUACAGAAGAGUUGCAUGUAUGCACCUUAAGCGAUGUACCAAAAGAGUUUCUUGACAAUGCCUUCUUAGUUAGCGUGUGCACAGAGUUGAUAAAUCAGAACGAAUACCAGCAUCUUUUUAUCUCUUGGAGUAUAGAAGAUGAGUACAGCUUAUAUUUUAUUCUAUUUAUGGAAAAGUUUUGUAGGUACCGAAACAUAAAGAUACACUGCUCGUAUAGCAUAGAAAAAGAGUUUAUGCGAAUAAAAAAUAGCAUGGCAAAAAACUGGUAA